AUGAAUCCUAUUAGAUUUGAAUCUAUCUGUCCGAUACCUACUUAUAAUUUAAAUAUAUCUUGGCAAAUAUCUAUACAUUUAAAUUUAAUAUUUAUAUCAGUAUUUAAUCAUCUUACACCUCCAUUUAGAGUAAGACAAUUCUUAUCUAUUAUAGUAAAUUGGUGUGAAAAUAGAUUUGAUACUAUUGGCCAUUUAUAUUCUGAUGAGAUUCAAGUACUAUUACAUGUUUUUGCACCUGCUGGAUAUAUACAAUUAAUGAAUAUUCAUAUGGCAAAUUGGAUUGAAAAUAUAGUUUCAGAUGGUUUAGAUAAAAAAAAGUAUCAAAUAACCAAAAUAUAA